AUGCUCUUCUGGCACGGCCAACCUGACCACUACUGGUCCAGUCCUGGGGAGAUGUACCCCAUCUCCAGCUCUGGGGUGCUCAGGGACCCCCCCGUCGGGCUGCCCUUCAUGAAGCAGGAGGAACCCAACGGCAUCUCCACCUCGCAGCCCCCCUGCCCCCCGUUCCAGUACAUCCUCUGUGCCCCCACAUCUCCCGCCGUCCGCUACCACGAGGAGACUCUCACCUACCUCAACCAGGGGCAGUCGUAUGAGAUCCGGAUGAUGGGAAACCCCCGGGCGGAGCCCGGCGCGGAAGGACGGAGGAUGCUCAAGAGCCUGGUGCGGGUGGUCUUCCACGACAGGCGGCUGCAGUACUCGGAGCAGCAGCAGCUGGAGGGGUGGCGGUGGAGCCGCCCGGGCGAUCGCAUCCUCGACAUCGACAUCCCACUCUCCGUCGGCGUCGUCGAUCCCCAAAUCCACCCCACGCUGCUCAACACGGUGGAGUUCCUCUGGGACCCGUGGAGGCGGACGUCUGUCUUUGUGCAGGUUCACUGCAUCAGCACCGAGUUCACGCUGCGGAAGAACGGAGGGGAGAAAGGUGUUCCCUUCCGCAUUCAGAUCGACACCUUCGGGGCAGGGGGCAAGGGAGACCCCCCUGAGCACCUCCACUCUGCCAGCUGCCUCGUCAAGGUGUUCAAGCCCAAGGGAGCCGACAGGAAGCAGAAGACGGACCGGGAGAAGGUGGAGAAGCAGCCGGUGCCUGAGAGGGAGAAAUUCCAGCCGUCCUACGAGAGCACCGUCCUGAUGGAGUGUGCCCCAUGGCCGGAUGCGCUGGCUGCUCCCCACACCCCCCCAGGCACCCCGGGGCUGCCGUCUCCUCACUCCUUCAAGCUGCUGAGCCCUGACAGGGGCUGCGUGUCGCCCGCCUGUGCUGCCGAGAGCCCCACGGAGAGUCCUGGCGAGGCGCUGAGCCCCUGUGCGUCCCCCCUGGAGACGCAGCAGUGGCUGCACAAGCGACGCUUCUCUGCCUACUCCCGCACCUUUGCCAACUUCACAGGCGCUGAUCUGCUGAAGCUCUCCCGCAGGGACCUGAUCCAGAUCUGUGGAGCCCCUGACGGCAUCCGCCUCUGCCACACGCUGACGGGCAGGUGCCCACAGCCCCGACUGACCCUCUACGUGUCGCGGGAGCCCGACAGCGCGGCCGAGGGCACAGAGGACGGGUGUUCAGGGCUGUACCAGGAGCUGCACCUGGAGGAGCUGACGGUGGCCGAGCUGGCUGGGAAGCUGGCCGAGCUGCUGGGGUUGCCCGUGGGCCAGAUCCUGCGGUUGUCCCGGCAGGGACCCUCCGGCAUCCACAUCCUCGUCAGCGACACAAUGAUCAGGAACAUUCUGGAUGAGACAUGCUUUGUGGUGGCUGUUGGAAAAGGUAACACAGUGGCCAGGGGACGUGGGCAAGUGACAACGGCCCCGUCUGAGCCACAUCUCUGGGCAGCACCUGGCCCAGAGGGCUACCACGUGUUGCUGCGGUAG